AUGGCGCAGACGGUCAGACGAGCGAUCGAGGGUAGAUACCCGUCCUGUUACAUACCAAGUAGGAUAAAAGAAAGACGAGCAAAAGCCAGGGCAUUGAGGUUAGAACAGCAAAGGAAACCAGAUAAGCCAGAGGACUUUGUGUGUUAUUCGGACAGUGAUAGUGAGGAGGAGACUCCGGCACAACAGCACAAAAUUUUGUCAACGUCAUAUAACUUUGUGGACUAUGUACGAUCUCGGGAGAUUCAAUCUAAUGAGCCCCGCUCAGUGGAGCCCUCAUACGCGACUCGACACAUGCUCACCCACGACAUGUUCCGGGAGACCCCCAUCAACCUCGGGAACAUGAACAAGGUGUUCUGCUCGCAGUGGCUCUCUGACAGACAAGUUGUGUUCGGCACCAAGUGUAAUAAGCUCAUGGUGUACGACGUCCGUCGUCGUUCCCUGGACAACAUCCCGACGUUACGACCUCGCGCGCCCUGGGCCGGCGCAGACCAACAGACAGGGAUACACGCACUACAGAUCAAUCCAUCCAGAACGUUACUGGCGACGGGCGCCCGCAACUCGUGCGAGCUGGCCAUAUACAGUCUGCCCACACUCGACCCCGUCUGUGUCGGGGAGGCGCAUAAAGACUGGAUCUUGGACAUGUGUUGGCUGGACGACGAGUUCCUGGUGACAGGAUCCAGAGACUCCAAGCUGGCACUAUGGCGCGCGCCUAGUGCAGCGCCGCGGAAUCACUCGCAUCAUUACGUCGCUCCACUCGCCAUCAAGGAGUGUCGCUCCGGUCAGAAAGUCCGCGCGCUAACUUUCAACCAGCGCUGGCGUGAGAUAGCCGCGUUGACCCUGAACGGGUACAUCCACGUCUUCAACGCGGAGACAUUCCGACAGACUCUGUCCAGGAAACUGCCCUCCUGUCAGGACCUCGUGUGUCUGGCUACACAGGAGAGCGGCGUGUACGCGAUCGGUUGCAAGUCGUACACGUUGCUGCUGGACUGCCGCACGCUGCAGUCCGUCAAGAAGAUCACCUCGCGGUACAACGGCUGCGGGAUACGGUCCGCCUCCUUCCGCGGGGACAUGCUCACCAUCGGGACCGGGCUAGGUUUACUAAUGUUCUACGACCUGCGCGCGGGCAAAUACUUAGAGAGCAAUAUACAUUCUACUAA